AUGGGGUUAGUGCCCUUUGGUGAGUUGAAAAGCUACUUCCAGAAGCUUGAGUUGGAGACGCCUGGUGGGCUUUGCUCUUCGAGGGGCAUCGACAGCUCGGUGGUGGUUGUCGGCUGUGGCACGUCCAACCUCUCCGCAGACCUGCAGGAGGUCUUUGGCUUCCGGCAGGUUCUGUCCAUCGACUACAGCGAUGCCGUGAUAUCUCACAUGAAGGCUCGCUUUGGCUCCUGCGAUGCUCUGAGCUUUCAUCAAGCAGAUCUCACUCAGCCCUGCGGUCACGUUGUGCCGGACGGAACUGCAGAUCUCGUGGUCGACAAGAGCACGCUGGACUGCCUGCUGUGCAGCGAGGGUGCGGUGGGCCUCAUUUGCAACAUCUCCCGCAUGCUGCGAGUGGGGGGUCUCUACGUUGUCAUCUCCUUCCACGAGGCGGAGUUCCUGGUCGGCUUCUUGUCGCUGGCUUUCACAGUGGAGUCCGUGACCAGCCUGAAGCGAUCCACAGGAGCUGAUGUGCGGGCAUUAAGCCUCCGGAAGACAGCGGAGGAGGGUGCUUGCUGCCUCCGCGCGCGGCUGCAGUCCUGGGAGGCGAGGCGGAAGUCGCUGCUGACGCCGCGGCGCGCCGAGACCAUGGAGGCUGCCUGGCUGGCUUCCAGCAGGACCGGUGCUGUCGACCAGCCUUGCCUUCCCAUUGAAGAGGCUUACCUGGCAAUGUUCACAGACACAGAAAGAAGGGAGUACAUGCUGGCAGAUUUCGAAAGUGACUUGGCCGAGUUUCGACCUGGAUGCGCGGGCUUGACUUUCUUGGACGCCAAGGACGUCACCGACGUCCGAGCCGACCCCGGAGCGGUGGCCGCGACCUUGACCGUUGUGGGUAAGCUGGAGGAGUUGCUGGAAAAGGAAGCACAGACUGCAGAGAAGGGAUCAAGGGGGAUCAAUACUCCUGUGGGCACAAAGCCGGUUCAAACUUUGCUGCAAACAUUUGUGCGGGAGUGGUCGGCAGAGGGCCUUCAGGAGCGCGGGGCUUGCUUCGAGAAACUCCUGGGCGCCAUGGAGAAGAGCGCCAAGGAGGCCAGCCGGGUACUGUUGCCUGCCUCCUCGCUAGGCAGGUUGGCCUUCGACGUAGCUUCUCGCGGGCACUCGGUGGAAGCCUGCGAAGGCCGGCUGCUGCAGUGGUACGGCAUGGAGCUGAUCCGGCAACACAGUUCAACAGAGGCCUUGCGGCCCCAGCCCUUUGCCCUGAACACCUGCAACCGGCUAAAAUUUUCGGACAAUCAUCGCGCAACUCCAAUUCCGGAUGUCGAUGUCAAGGAUAUGCUGCCUCGGCAGCGCUUUGGCGACUUCACUACGUUGUACGACGCGUCAGAUGCCAAAGAAAGCUUUGACUGCCUGCUGUCAGCAUAUGCGCUGGACUUGUCUCCGAACGUUUUUCGUUUCGUGCGCACAGCCGCACAUGUCCUCAGGCCUGGCGGUUUGUGGGCCAACUUCGGCCCGCUGGCAUACGACUCGGAUCACGACGAGGGGCCCAUGUGGCGGCGGCAGCCUGAUUACUAUGAGGUUCUCGGGCUCGCACGGACGGCGACCGCGGAUGACAUCCGCCGGGCCUACAGAUUCUUGAAUGACCCGUCCCGGCGAGCCGCAUACGACUCCGGCAAGCUGGAACGUCAAGACUCCGAGCCUACUUUCACUACGAACAUGGCUCACGACCUCUUCCGCGAUGUGUUCGGGGCGGAAUUCGCUCGGCGCCUGACAGAAGCAGCAGGCCAUGCGAGCAAUGCGGUGGCAGGCACCAUUGACUUGGUGGCAGAGAGUGAGACCUUCAAGGCGGCAAAGAGAGCGACCACAACUGGCAUCUCCAAAGCAGCGGAGUCGAUGGGCAACAGCCACGUGGUGAAGAGCGCGGUGGCACAGCACCUGGGCACUCUGACGGACAAAGCGAACAGCAAACUGGCAGACAAGGAGCGCGCGGAGUGCCUGUCGAAGCAGGCGCUCGAGCUCCAGCGGCGAAGGCUGGAUGAGCACUGCCUGAAAGUGGCCCAAGAGAAGAGCGCGAGGGGCUCACGGAAGAUGAACUGGUGGGAAUCUACCUGGGAGUGGCUCAACGGCGAUCAGGCGGCGGCAGACCUGCUGGCGGAUAAGAAGGCGUCCACCGAGACCAAAAAGCUCCAGGCGCAGCUUCUUUGGGCCAAGACUGCCUGGCAGAAGGCUGCCAGCGACUUGGAUGAGGCUCGAUGGCAAGCCAGCGAAGCAGAGAAGAAGGAGCUGUCAGCCCUGCAGCAGGGCGCGUCACUUCAAGAUGCUGCCGAAGCAGGGGCGUUCAUGGUGAACAGCUUCCUGGACCGUGUGCGCUGGGGCGAGGGCGACUCGCGGCGAGCACGGAGGUCUGUAGCUUGA